CUCGACCUCCCCAGCUUCCUCGGCAGCGGCGGCGCCGCGGUGCCGCCGCUGCUGUACGCCGACGACAUGGUCCUGCUGGCCACCUCAGCGGCCGGGCUGCAGCGGCAGCUAAACCUGCUCCAGCAGUACUGUGUUACAGUCACCCCGCUAUGA